GAGAGAGAAAGGGGGAGGGAGACAGAGAGAGACCCAAAAGCAAAGACGACUCUCUCGCAGUCAGGCAAGCAGGUCCUUGGUGGCAGCUGCUUUGAGGACCUUGACUUUCAGAAUAAGACUACUUUGAUGCAGAUGGAACAGGGGCAAGCUUUGGACGGAAAGGUCCCUGAGCUAAGCUACACCCUUAUAAGAGAUGCUGAUGACUUCCAAGGUGGAAUCUAUGACAAACCACUUCCGUGCUUUGGCUGUGGGAUAGGGUGGUUUUCGUUUUUAUUAGGAUUUGUGUUCCCCCUGAUGUGGUACUAUGCUACAAUACUAUACUUUGGGAACUACUACCGCAAAGAUCCAAGGGAGAGAGCAGGGCUUGCUGCAUCUGCAAUUGCUGCAUUGGUCUGUUCAGUUGUGGUCUUGAUUACAGUUGCAGUUAUUAUAUUCUAGUUCUUCCAGUCAGCACCUCAGGGUUUAUUUGCAAGCUUCUUUCGCCUUGUAAACCUCCAAGAACAGGUGGAGUAGCUUACCGUCCUGUAAUCUAAAGGGCAAAGAGCGGUGACGGCAAGUUCUCAAUGCGUGUUGUACAGAAACACAAGCUCUGUAUGGUGUAACAGAUAAAUGUCGUAAAAAUAUGACUUUGAAAGCUGUGUGCAUUAAUAGCCAGAUAAUAGAUCAAAGACCACUUUUACAUACCAGUAGAAUAAUUGAUGGUGUAAUGUAAUUAAUUUACAGAAAUACCCUUGUUAAACAGCAAUUUAUAGAUGCAUGCAUGCACGAAA